CGGAAGGAGGGAGGGGGCCGCGCUCGGCGCCCCGGCCGGGCCACAGGGCCACCGGGCCACAGGGCCGCACGGCCACGCCCGCGCCGCCUGCCGCGAGCCCGAGCCGGAGCCGGAGCCGGGCCGCGCGGGCCGAGCAGCUAGCCUGGCUCCCACCAUGAGCGCCGAGCUCAACGUGCCUGUGGACCCCUCCACUCCCGCCUGCUCAGAGCCUGGCCACAAGGGCAUGGAUUACCGGGACUGGGUCCGCCGCAGCUACCUGGAACUGGUCACCUCCAACCACCACUCUGUGCAGGCGCUGUCCUGGAGGAAGCUCUACCUGAGCAGGGCCAAGCUGAAGGCCUCCAGCCGGACGUCUGCCCUCCUCUCAGGCUUUGCCAUGGUGGCCAUGGUGGAGGUGCAGCUGGAGACGCAGUACCAGUACCCGCGGCCGCUGCUCAUCGCCUUCAGCGCGUGCACCACGGUGCUGGUAGCCGUGCACCUGUUCGCCCUGCUCAUCAGCACGUGCAUCCUGCCCAACGUGGAGGCCGUGAGCAACAUCCACAACCUCAACUCCAUCAGCGAGUCUCCGCACGAGCGCAUGCACCCCUAUAUCGAGCUGGCCUGGGGCUUCUCCACCGUGCUGGGAAUCUUGCUCUUCCUGGCCGAGGUGGUGCUGCUCUGCUGGAUCAAGUUCCUGCCCGUGGACGCGCGCCACCAGCCCGGGCCCUCGCCCGGCCCCGGCGGCCACACAGGCUGGCAGGCCGCCCUGGUGUCCACCAUCAUCAUGGUGCCCGUGGGCCUCAUUUUCGUGGUCUUCACCAUCCAUUUCUACCGCUCGCUGGUGCGCCACAAAACCGAGCGGCACAACCGUGAGAUCGAGGAGCUGCACAAGCUCAAGGUGCAGCUGGACGGGCACGAGCGCAGCCUGCAGGUGGUGUGAGCGCGCGCGCUCCUGGGCGGGGCCGACGCCUCUGCGUCAGCUUCUGCUUCCGCGUGUGGCGCCUGCCUCCCGAGGGACUGGAACUCGCCUGCGUCAUGGGCAAUUUCAGAAACGCAAAGUGCCAACGAGGCUGCGAGACACUGCCAGACAGUUCCAAGACCAAAGUUUCUCUCCUGUCUUAAUACUGUAAGACCUGGAUCGUUUUGCCUCACAAGAUGGAAAUCUUCAGUGAAACGGGAGACCGAUGCUAAGAGCUCAGGCUGAGCCCUUGGCCCUGGGGACCUCCUGAGGCAGGAGGCCGGGCACCGAGUAGCACCGGGUGGUCACGGGUCACCUCAGAGACCUGGAACGAGCGGCCAGUGGGGGCUGAGAGCCUGGAGAGUUGGGGUAGCACUGUGAGUUCAGGGAAGGGAUUGCCCCAUGAGUCCUGGAGCUGGGCUGGUGGCAUCCGGGUGGCGCGUCUGAUGGUACCAUCCUGCUGUGAUUAGACAGGGCUCAGGGUUACACCUUGGCCUGGUGCUUCCCUCACUGCCCUGGAGGGAGUUGGGCGGCCUGGCUGGUUUGGGGGAAGGCAGGAGCCGCGGGCACACGUCAGCCCAGCAGGUGUGGUGGGUGCUCAGCAGGCGUCAGGCUUGUCAGGCCCUGGGGGAGAUGUCCAAGGGCGGAAGCCUGUCUGUGGGCGUCCCGGCUGAGGCUCCCACCUGAGGGCUGUUAACUGUGGGGUGCGCUGAAGCACGCUGGGCUCGAAUUCUCUCUUCCCAGCCAGCCAGAUCCCUGGCCACACUGACCCAGCGAGGAGGCCAACAGGUUGGGGAAAGGGCCCACGGUCCAGAGGCCUCCAUCUUUCGGCCACAGACUGUCCCCUGAGCCGUCAGCUGCCUGUGUGGGCUGUGGCACAGAGGGCAGGGACACUUGCCCAGGCAGCUGAGCCUGCCCAUCUCCCUGCUGCCUGUGGUCAUGGCUGGGGGGGGGGGGGGGGGGCCUGGGGGACUUCCUGUCUAGAUAAGGCCGUGACCAGGCCUGGUCUAUGGGUGGUGGCCUCAGGGGCCAGGCCCGGCCAAAUGUGGGUCCUACUUAUAAUGAUGGCAGGGAAGGCGAGACCUUGUAUAGCACUUCCUUCCUGGGCCUCCCAGCUGCGCACACAGGCCCAGCUCACACUUACACACAGCCACACGCAGCGCAGUUUCUGGUGUUUUCGAGAAGGGCAUCUGGUAGCCCUGAGCCUUUGUUCUUGGGCCAAACACAGCUCAGCCUGCAUGUGAGCUUGCUGUGCCCUGAGCCGCUUUUAAGAACCACAUUUACCACAUUGGCCAGCAGCCACCAGAGAGGGGUGCCUUUUCUUUUGUUUUCACAGCCAUUGGACUUCACGCUCUGAUGGCAUUUCUAUCCACAGCUUAAUAUCUCUAUGGGGUCUGGGUUGCCUGUGCCAAGAAAUCCUGGUGGGCCUGGCUGAGGUUUCUGGGACUGUGACAUACUGUUGAGAAUGUAAACCUUAACACAUACCCCUGAAAUGCUGGGAAUCACCAGUGCAAGUCAUGGCAUUUACGGGAAGCCUGGAUAUCAUGACUUGCCGGGCCAGAGGAGAGCCCUGGCGCCUUCCGAAGGGUGUGUCCCUCGCAUCCCCUGUAGACACCUGUCGUGACUUGCUCGCUCCCUGGCGUAUGUCUCCUCUCCCAGAGCCUUGUUGAAAAGGCUCAGCUGGUUUAAUGUGUUUGCUUUGCAAAAGAACGUUAGCAUCACUGCAAGACAGCCACUUUGUGUCCCGGCAGGGACCAGACAGGCUGGCUCCUCCCCACUGCAGCAGCCCCUUCCUCCAGCCGGAGCCUUUUGAGAGAGGCCUUGUUGGGCUCACUUCUGCCCACUCUCCUGGGCCAUCUGGUGCCCCUGCCCCAUGUGCCAGGCCCACAGAGUGCCGCAGACUGUGGCGCACACGCCCCAGGUGUCAACCAGGGGCCAGCUGCUAGGUUUGGCCCAUGGACAGAGCUUUUUAGCUUGGCCACAUCAGGGUCAGACACCAGGUGCCCAGUGAGUGCCACAUGGGUAGGCAAGAUGCCACGUAUCAUGUUUUAGACACUGAUCAGAAUAACGUUCUUGCAGUGUCAUCUUCUUUCAUCCAGUGAGCUCUCACAGCUCCAGCCUUUCUCAUUCCCAGAGGCGGGGGGCAAACUAUUUCUGUGAGAACAGAGAUGACCAUGGCCCUGGGGACAGGUGAUCAGGGAAGCACCUGCAGGGCAGCCCCAGAGCAUCCUCUGGGGUUGGAGAAUAAGCUGCUUGGAGCUGCAGCAGGGCAGUCUGGGGAGGGGAAGGAGGCAAAUUACAGGCUAGAAGUUUGGUUUACAGAGGUUUAAACUGACUGUGAAGGGGGUUCCAGGUGCAGUGGCCUCUCUGUGCUGAGAGGCACUGUGGGCCGCACCGCAGCCAGCAUGGGCUUGCCCUGCUCGCCUCUAAGCAGAGCCUUCCUGGUGCUCAUGAAAACAAAAGACCACAGAUACGCUGAGGCCCUUUCCAAAGUGGAACACGGUCUCCGUUUAGUACCUGACCAGAAGUUUCAAAACUCAAGUGUUUCUAUUUUAGACAAACUGCCAGGGCAGAAUGUAUUUCAGUGUCUUCCAGGAAAGUCUUCUGAGGAUAAGAGCACCUCAGCCUGAGUGGAUCGAGGCUCAUCUUCAGUCCUUAUCUGUCUUGUGCCGAUUAAUUCAUUAUGCGUGAUGCUGUGGAGGCCACACACGGUGCGCACACCCUCUGUCCUGUGUAUGGAGUUUUAAAACAGUUGCCCUGGGUUGAACUGAAUGAAUAAGUAAAGCUAUGAAUUGCUCUGUGCUCUCGGUGGAACGCUGUGGAUAAAGGUGAUGCUUGGAAGCCCCUCCCCCCAAUCGCUGGUCACCCGUGUUUCUAAUAGGCUCCCAGGUGAGGGGGGCGGAUGUCUCCGGAAUAGACAGGCAGGACGCUCAGACCAAGACACACACACCCUGAGGCUUCUGCCAAGUGGCUCCCCAAGAAAGCUGAGCGCCUCUGCGUGCCGCUUCCCUUGCCAAGCAGGGCUCUCCCUUUCCAGAAGCACAGCAAGGGGUGGCCGAUGUGCGGCCAGCACAGCCCUCUUGGGGGGUCAGCCUGAAGGCCUGC